GCCACAACUUGGGGAGCAAAAGCCUGCAGACUCGGAGCUGAGGCCUGUUGUUAUUGACGGCAGCAAUGUCGCCAUGAGUCACGGCAACAAGGAAGUCUUCUCAUGCCGGGGAAUAGAGUUGACAGUGAAUUUCUUUCUGGACAGAGGUCAUAACAACAUUACUGUGUUUGUUCCCUCUUGGCGCAAAGAGCUGCCCCGAGCUGACACCCCCAUAAAAGAUCAACACAUUCUGUUGGAGCUGGAGAAACAGAAAAUAGUGGCCUUCACCCCAUCGCGCCGUGUCGGUGGCAAGCGAGUGGUUUGUUAUGACGACCGCUUCAUUGUCAAACUGGCAUAUGAGUCAGACGGGGUAAUUGUGUCCAACGACACGUACCGUGAUCUACAAGGAGAACGACCUGAGUGGAAGAAAUGCAUUGAGGAGAGGCUCCUCAUGUACUCGUUUGUGAAUGACAAGUUCAUGCCUCCAGAUGAUCCUUUGGGUAGACAUGGUCCUAGCCUUGACAACUUUCUUAGGAAAAGACCCCUGCCCGUGGAGCAGAAGAAACUACCCUGUCCAUAUGAUAAAAAGUGCACUUAUGGCAUCAAGUGUAAGUAUUACCAUCCUGAGCGGGCAAACCACUCCUACCUGUCCCUGGCUGAUGAGCUGAGGGAGAAAGCACAGAUUUCUACUGUAAAAGAAGAGAGAAAGGCCAGAUCUUCGGUCAGCUAUCCUCAGUCUGAGCCUGAGCCUUUCCAUCCUCGACACAGACAUCUCCCUUGGGAUCAACAGAGUUACUCGGUUCCUCGUCAAAUUAGUGAAAAUAAACUAGUGCCCUGGGAAGAGUUCAGAAAAAGCCCCAACCAGAUUUUGUCUCCGGUAAAUGGAGGACAGUGUCAGAACGAAUACCCUGGGUUGCAUUUUAAGCCCAAUCAUUACUAUCCCGGCAUGUCUCAGGAAAAUUUUGAUUCUGGUUUUGGCUCAACUGAGAGCCACUACUCGGACAUGUUGCCACCCCUCAGCGGCACCCACAGACCUGGGCCUCAGCAUCGGAGCGCCUUCGCCGGACCCCAGCAUGCCUCAGUUCAUGGGGAGAAAAACAGUACCAGUCAUUGUAACGGAUGCUGUUCAUCUCCUCAUCGGCAACAUCGCAGCAACAUCGACUGCAGCGGUCAACCCCUCUGCAACACCUACCUUUCAGAUAUGUUCCCAUACAGUGCGCAUCAACAGCGGAGCCUUCCCGCCCAUUUGCACAACGCCGCAGCCCCCCCUCUCCAUCAGCAUUACUGGUCAGAUCCCUUUCAGUGUGCUCCCCAAGCCAGAACAUCGUGCCCUGUCCCGUCUCUGGCCUACCCUUCACACUGCCACAGCUCCUGCUGCUCUUAUAACAAUCAGCAGUACCAACCCUGGGGGCAACAACGCCCCCCGCCACCUUCUGCUGCCUUCGAACAACAGAGGUCAGAGAUGCGCAAGAAACUGCAAGCCAUCUUUAACCCUCACCAAGUGGACCGGGUCAUGGAGAUGUUCCCGCACCUGGUGGACGCUGAAAAAAUGGCUGCAGAGAUACUGAACAUGAAAGCUCAGGGGAUGAUAUUCUGAUUGCGUGUGUCGUGCUCUUCAAUCUGAAAUAUCGAUAUGAUCAGGAUUAUUGCGUUUAAGGGUCACAGCAAUCAAAUGAUCAGCAAGGUCGGCGACAAGAAACUGUCGAUCUCAAAUUUCAAUGUCGGCAUGUCAAGUACAGCCACAUCAAUGUUGUUAUAGCGGGAAUUAAUACACUAUAGUUAUGUUAAGUAUUGCCAACAAUACACAUUAAACCCAUCACAGUGUACUGGGCCUAGUCAGUACACAUCAGCCAUGUUUUUUUUUUUUUGAGAAUAAUUGUUCCUUUACAACAGAGAGAAAAAACGAUGAGAAAAAUUGCUGGGCGCCGUGGAAGUGACCUCCAGUGCGGGUUGUUGUAAUUGAAUAGAUCUGUAACUCUUGCCCAUUACCCUAUAGGGUUUACUAAGCUACAGUAAAUGGUUGCUUUUAUGUCUGUUGAAUGUUAUUUUUAUGUUUAUGUAAGUUAAAACAACUUAACAUGUUAGGAGGACACUGAACACUUGUUCAGCUUAUUGGUAGCGAGCUAUUUGACCUUCAAGCGCUUAAGAUUACCUUUGUUCGGUUCUGCUUGAAAUGUUAAAAUGUCUACACUAGUCAAACCUGAACCGAAUAACUCUAUGCUAAGCAGAUAUUCUUUAAAACAUCACUAUGUGAUUUGUGAAACCUUUUAUUCUGUUUGUGAAAAUGUAAAGCGUUUUCUACUCAUCAUUUAAAUCUACUAUGACUAUUUAUGUGCUAAUGUAAACCCCUGCUUGCUGGUACUGAGAGCAGAGGCUGAGCUAAGACCACAGAAAGCGGUGAUGGAUUAAAUUGUUAUCUUAAAUAGAAAUAAAAUUGAUAGAUUCGUCAGCUACCAAAAUGAUCAUUAGUUGCAGCCCUAUGUCAGUCUGAGAUGAGAAAAAUCAUUUGUGAGAGCAUUAAUUUAGAAGAUAAUGUACCAAUACCCUGAUUCUUUGCUAUCUUUUAUUAUGGCAGAGAAAUGUACCCCAAUAUUCAUGAGAAGUCAAUGUUGAGUUCUGUGUUUGACACGGUGGUCAAAUGUAACCCUGCCGUCCAUAUUUCGGAUGAAAUGUGCCUCCAGACCAAAGAUGACCGGGUUUCAGGAGUUUUGACUGUUGAUGCAUAUUGUGUCAAAUGUUAUUUUUAAGUUCUCAUGUUGCAUGACAUGUUUUUAUGCUUUUGGUUUCACUUGAGUCGUCUGUAACAGUCUGGGGUCAUUCAGUAUUAUCUGUGAUCUACAGUUCUAAUCUCACAAGGAAACUGAACAGAGGUGACUACUGAAAGCACUGUCCGUAUUUAAGGAAUUUACCAAGUGUGCCCUUCCUGUAAAUGUGCUCCAUUUCCACGAAACAUGCACCAAUAAAAAUGUAAAUUAUGUACGUAUUGAAGUGACUGUUUUAAUGAAAAUGGAAAUAAAAUUUGGAAAUCUA